AUGACAAAGAUUCCUUUGAAUGACACAGAAUUCGAAUAUCUAAGAACUACACUUAUAUCAGAAUCAACAAGUAUUUCAGAUAAAUUUGAUAAGCUGUAUUAUUCUAAAGGAUACCUUACAGGAAGGCAGGCUGCUGCCAUUUUAGCUUGUUAUAAAACAGCUCCAGAAAGAGUCCGGGUGAUAAAAGCUUUACAAAAAAGAUUAUGCCGUAUGACAUGUGCUGAAGCAAUCGAAAUAUUAAAUGUUUUACAAUCAACCAAUUAUGAUCGAUUAUUUGCAUUAGACUGCAUUAAACAUACACUAGUUGAUCAUGAAACAACUGACGGCAUUGAAUAUAUCUUGAAAGCUUUUGUUUAUGAAAUUGACAAAUUGAAAGCCUUACAAAUAUUGUCAACUGUUAGUAUGUAUGUUAGAAAAGAGUUAGCCAGUGGUGGACAUCAAGUUUAUGCACCAUUUGGUGGUCUUUAUACCCAAAGCUUUCCAGGUUGUGAGGCCCUCUAUGGACCAAUUAGUGAACAAAUGGCUCUCAAAGAUCAUUUAGUAAAGCCUUCCCUUCCAGUAACAGUAAAUAUACAUCCAUCACUGUCAAUAUUUCAUUCAUCACCAUCAUAUAAAUAUAUAGGUGAUUUAAACCGUUCAUGGUAUCCCGGUGGUGGUAGACCACCUUUACCACCAACAAUGGCGGAACAUGUUAAAAUAGGUCCACCAAAUCAAGUAGCUGAAAGUGAGCCGGGUUUUCUCGAAAAAUCCCCCAACUUCCAUGAUAACAAUGCUAAUAAUACUAAUAACGUAUGUUUAACUGCUGAUUAA